GCCACACGUGCACACACAGGCGAGGGCUUGUAAAACAAGCUGCGCGGCUCCUCCUCGCGUCUCCUCCCCUUUGCUAGGGGACAGCGGCAAGACACGUGGGUGCAUUUUAAGCCAAGGCAGGGAGCGCCGGACUAACCCCCCGGGGGCCGCACCCUGCGCACGCUGCCUGAGUUUGUCUCCGACCCUUGGCUGAGGCUCAGUCGGGCCCCAGCAGCGGGAGGCCCCGAGGCCCCGUGACGGCCCCGGCCCAGCUGCGGAGGAAGCGCCGCGUGGAGCAGCCUCCCCCUGCCCGCCCGCCCCCCGUGACGGCCCGGCCCCGGGCCCCGCAGCGCGCCGGAACAUGUCCAAGAAAGGAGGGAAACAAACUGAAACAGGAAGGAAAGUACAUGUACCAUGUAAACGAGCAAAGGUGGAAGCAUCUUGCCCUUCUUCACCUAUGAACUAUGACAGCCCAGACAGUGUCUUUGAAAGUUUGAUCUUUCCCAUCGAACAAGAGAAGUUCUUCAAGGAGUAUUGGGAACAAAAGCCACUGCUUAUUCAGAGAGAUGACCCUUCAGUGGCUGCUUACUACCAGUCUCUCUUCCAGUUAAUGGAUUUGAAGGAGCUGUCCAGCCAGGGUUUAUACUAUGGAAGAGAUGUUAAUAUCUGCAGAUGCGUGAAUGGAAAAAAGAAGGUUUUAAAUAAAGAUGGCAAAGUGAACUAUAUGCAGCUGAAGAGAGACUUUGAUCAGAAAAAAGCAACGAUACAGUUUCACCAGCCUCAGAGAUUUAAGGAUGAGUUGUGGAGGAUCCAGGAGAAGCUGGAAUGCUACUUUGGCUCUUUGGUUGGCUCCAAUGUUUACAUUACUCCUCCAGGGUCCCAGGGUCUGCCUCCCCACUACGAUGAUGUUGAGGUGUUUAUCCUUCAGCUGGAAGGAGAGAAACACUGGCGUCUCUACAAACCUACUGUGCAUUUAGCUCGAGAGUAUAAUGUUGAAUCAGAGGAUCGUAUUGGGAAUCCAACACAUGAAUUCAUAUUAAAGCCAGGAGAUUUGUUAUACUUUCCAAGAGGAACUAUCCACCAAGCUGACACUCCUCUGGGGGGAUCAUAUUCUACUCACGUGACCAUCAGCACCUACCAAAACAAUUCUUGGGGAGAUUUCUUGUUAGAUGCGAUUCCUGGGCUCGUCUUUGGUACAGCGAAGGAAGAUGUGGAUCUACGGACAAGUAUACCAAGGCAACUACUGAUGGUGGAUAUAGCUGACUCAACAAGGAGAUUAAGCAGCUUUCUGAGAAGUCUUGCAGACCGGCUGGAAAACACCAAAGAACUGAGAUCCUCUGACAUGAAGAAGGAUUUCAUCAUGAACCGAUUACCGCCUUUCUUGGGGAACAGCUCUGAUCCCUUGGCUCCAGGUGGAAAAUUACCAAAAUUAGACAGCAAAAUCAGAUUGCGGUUUAAAGAUCAUGCCAUAAUUACAGUGGAACCUGAUCAAGACAAUUCUGAUGAGCUUCGCAAAGAGAUGGUUUAUGUCUAUCACUCUUUAAAGAACAGGAGAGAGAGGCACAUGAUGGGGAAUGAGGAUGAUGACACUAGUGAAGAAGGGAUAUCUGAGACUCAUGGAUUACGUUUUCCUUUAUCUCACAUGGAUGCAUUGAAGCAAAUCUGGAGAAGUGCUACUGUCGAUGUUAAGGAACUGAGCCUUAAAUCAGAUGCAGAGAAAGAGAACUUUGUGUUAUCACUCUGGGCUGAAUGUCUCAUUGAGGUAAUCUGAGUCUUUCAAAAAAUCAUCCAUGUUCCUGGAGCCUAACAUUUCAUCCUUGGAGUAUGUACUGACAAAGGACCAUCUGAUUCCUCCUCUUCUAUGGAGCUGCCGCCUUGUAUUGACAGCAAAGUAAAAAAAUGGUACUGUC